AAGAGUUGAAUCAUAGCUCCAUUGGUAAACCUCAUCUGUAACAUAUUUAUUUUAUGAUUUCAAUAGUUGCCUCACAUAUAGAGAGCUUGAUUCAUCAACCGAUUGUUAACUACGCUAUCGCUCGAGUCAGACCGUUGCCUAAUACCGACUCAGAUAAGAUUCCAAAUGGAAAGACUUCCAUAAUCAAUAUUGUCUAGCUAACAAACAGUUAGUAACAAUUCGAAAGCCGAACAUAAUGUCUGUCCACAGUUGGUUACACUACAGCCAUGGCGCUUUGCCACAAGAUGCCGUUGUUGCUGGCCAUGAUUCCGAUGGCGGUACUAUAUUCAUUGGCCGUGCUUUUUACAACAACGAUUUGUUGCCGGCUAAGAUCAUACCGAACAAGGGCAAGGCUUACGUAGCCUAUGGCGGCCAUGAGAUUGAGCUAGAGGACUACGAGGCUCUGAGUGGCCAGAACUACGUGUGGUUACCUGCCGAAAAUGGCGAGGUGCCACCCGGUGCCGUUCAAGUGGGUCACACUAGCGAUGGAGAGACAUUAUACGCUGGACGUGGCUACCAUGCCGCCAGCCUUACCGUGGGCAAGGUCCACCCCUCCCACGGCUGCCUCUACAUACCCUUCGACUCGGAAGAGGUCAAGAUAUUUGGGUACGAGGUUCUGUCACGCCUCAUGCGAUAAGCGUCUGUUAACAAAUGUAGGUAGAUUUUUUUACAAUAAAUUGAAGUUUUGUCGAAACUUUUCUUCCGCCUUAUCUUAUUGUCUCGUAGUCAAAAUUAUACUUGGCUAAGUUCUGUACUGUUUAAUCUAUUCUUAGUUAUCGAAUUUGCUAUCAUAAGUGGCAUUUAUGACCGAAUUUCGCAGUUUCGCAGUUGUGUUUAUUAUUAGGCCGGGAGGAAGUUGUGGACAGAUAACCUAAUGCGACAGCAGUUCUUAGUUAACAACUAAAAUCAUAUAUAGCUAUGUAACACUAAGUUUUCGACAUGAUAAAAUUACAUUAAGCCUAAAUGUUUAAUUAAA